GAGAAUUCGGAGUCCUUGAACCCCAUUGCUGAUGCUUGGCGUUUAAUUCUGCACCCAGGAUGAAAUGGUAUCCUAAGGAAUUGAUGAAGGUACUAAACUGGAUAUUAGAGGUGAAUUGGUCUGGAGGGCAAUACGCUGAUGCUAGGGUAAUAGGGAACGAGAAGAUUUUUAUUAUGAAAGCAGUGGAUUGUAGAAAAUCGUGAGUAGAUAAUGGGAGUAGAUUAUGAGGGAGGGAUUGGUGUACAAUGACUGCAUGUGCUCUAAAGUCUGUAUGGUCAGUACGAUAUGUUGAGUACUGAGGUAUAUUUAAAAUGUGUUUUUUGGUCAGACGAGUUUCCGUAAUAAAGGCUACAUCGACGUUCUUAUCUAGUAAUAAAGCUGUUAGUUCGUCAGUGUGGUUUCUAACACCAUUCGCAUUCCAAAGGGGAAUGGAUAAGGGUUUGAUGAAAUUCAUUUAAGGAUUUUUUAAAGGGGGGAUGAGGUGAGAUACUAGAUCUAUAAGGAGAGAUAUCAGCGGGGUGACCCAAAUUCAAUUUCAUAAAAUUGGGUCGGGAGGGGGAAGGAAGGUUGUUUUGAAAAUUUUUUAUGUCGUGGCUUAUGGAAGUCAAGGUUUCGCAAUGGUCAAAACAAAAACUUUGUUAUUCGGCUAUUUGCUUAGGUACCACACAACUAAACCGCUCACCACCGAUCCAUUAGAAUUUGUUAAGUGUUUAAUUUUCAUUUAUGAUGAAGCGAGGAGAUUGUGGAGUCGAUUAAUUAAUCAAAAAGAGUUGUAGUCUCUCCACUUCUUUAAACUCUGCUCAGUUUAUCGCUGUCAAAAUAACAUUGUACCUACUUCCGUCCACAGUAUAACAGUCGCCUACAUCCGUGUAAAAUUAGAACUUGAUCUCAAUAUUAUGGCGGACGUGGUGCAAUUUUUGGGAAUUUUUUUUUCCUGAUUACAUUUGGAUAAUCCUAAAAAUGUAUACGACAUUUGUUAGGCUGGGGAAGUUAAAACGAAUAACAAAGUUGAAAAAAUGAGUGUUUUACCCGUUUUAUGCAGCAACGUGUUACAGAUGUUCGGUAUUCCGGAUUUUUCCCGUUGAGUUGUGAUAAUUGUUUAUAUCAGUUGAGUAGUACAACUUUUAAAUGUCGCUCGAAGUGAAGUAAGUAACUGUCUAACCGAUAUCUCUAGACAAAUCACUCAAGAAUUCCUAACUUUGGUUCUACUCAAUAUUCUGUUUUAAUUUAGGGCCUAUAUUUUAAGUCAAGAAAACCUAAAUAUAAGGUCAAAAUUUCAAUAGUCUACCAUUAGACAAUGCCGAGCUCACCCCUGCCAAAAUUUCGUUGGACAAUGCAGACAUCCAGACAAACAUCUUUUAAAAGUGGAUUUGGUGUCUGUAAUGUAUGGAACGGAAAGAUAUCAUGAAACGGGUUGAUUAUAUUCAAUGUACAAAAAAACCUUCAUUUCAUUUAUAUAAAUGAUCUUUACCCUAUAAACAUGUAUUUAUUAUUAACAUUUAUUAUCAACAUUAACCGAGAUCUCUAGACAUAUUACUCAAGAAUUCAUAACUUUAGUUCUACUUAAUAUUUUGUUUUCAUUUAAAGCCUAUAUUUUAAGUCAAGCAAACCUUAAUAUAACGUCAAGAUUUCAAAAGUCUACAAUAAGCCAUUGCUGAGCUUAUCGCUGACAAAAUUUCGUUGCAAUGCGGACAUCCAGACAAACAUCUUUUAAAUGUGGAUUUGGUGUCUGCAAUGUAUAUCAUAGGAUGUAUAGGAAAUAUAUCAUAAUAUAGAUUGAUUCUAUUCAAUGAACAGACAAAAUCUUUAUUUUAUUUAUAUAUAUAUUUCUAACCCUAUGUUAUUGUAAUAAUUGAAUUAAUGGAAUCACACCCAAGAUUCAUUCAAAAACGUAAAUGAUUGUAUUUUAAAAUAAAAAAUUUAUUAUACUGUAGAAUGGAAAAAAAACAAUAGGAUUAUUUUUGCUUAUAAAUUCGUCACAUUGCUUAAUAUAACGUCAAUAACGAAGGAAAAAUGAAACUGUUUGGAUGAUUUAAAGUAUCUUUACUUAAUAUUUAAUUUAAACCAGAGAAAAAAGAAUCAACCUAAUUCAUGUAUAAAUUUUCUAAAUAAUUAUCUACACAAAUUCAUAUUUUUUUGAAAAAUCUUUAACAGAAAUCUUUGGUUUAAUAUCAUACUAGAAAGAAAUGUUUGCUAAACAAAAGUUAGUACUUCCGAAAUAAUAGAAGGUAUUACCAAACUAUUCUAAUUAUUAUUAUUUUUUUUUUUUUACUUUAGGCAGAUGGGAGAUUCUAUGUCAAUUCACAACCAUGCUCUUAGAAUGUGGUUUUGGAAAGAUAAUAAAUAUCUAUGAAGCGAUAUGGGGCAGAUUUGACACAACCACCUGCAAAAAUUACCCGAAUUUUUCAAGAAAUUGUUCGACCUUGGAUGACACUCUUUAUAGAAUAAGAGAAAGGUGCCACGGUAAAAACAGAUGUGUUAUGUACCUUGACGACAACACCCUACUAAACCCAUGCCAAGAAUAUGAAAAAUAUUUACAAGUGAGAUGGGGUUGUGCAGAAGUAAACUCAAGACUUAUAAUGACGUGUUUCAUUUGCAAAAAUCAUGUUCAUAGAAUAAGGUGUUCUAAAACAUCAGUCAUUUAUAUAACCGCUGUGUUUUGGGGCAGAAGAGAAUGGGCAUUUUGUGGCUUUGAACACCCUGGAGUCAACUGUUCAUCGGAUGUUGCUUUAGAUAUAAUAAGCGGGCAAUGCGACUAUAAACGCCAGUGUUUCAUAAAGCCUGACGUGAAAGCUUUGGGUGAUCCUUGCCCUGGUAUGGGGAAAUUUUUAAGAUUGGACUACAUGUGUAUAAGAGUUGACACCAAAAAGGUGUGCGAAAAUCAUAGGGUGGUAAUAGACUGUGGUGAUCAAAUAAUUUUUAUUACGCAAGCUCAAUAUGGCAGGUCACAUCCAUUUGCUUGCAAUAAGCCACAAGGACUCGAACCUGAACCUAUACAGAAUCCUCAAUGCGCUAGUCGCAACAUCAUUUCUACAAUUGCAGCAAAGUGUAAUAACAAAAAUGUAUGUGAUUUCUUCGUUACAAGAGCUGAAUUCGGAACUCAUUGUGGAUUUUCUGGCAAUUAUCUUUUUGUAAACUAUAUCUGUAGAAAUCCCGGUGAUAAUGAUGUACCUGAUUUUGUACUUUCAGAUGAAAUGUGGGUCCAACUGUCACCAGGUCCACCCAUCGUAAUUUCUUUAGGAGAAAACAGUGCGAAAAUCCAUGUUAAUUGGACUAAGCCAAUGCACUAUCAUAUAUACGCGGUGCAAAUAAAGUUGGUGUAUGAAGAGACAUGGCGUGAAUUAUUCGUUGGAAAGACCUUAGACUUCAAUAAAAUCCUAGAUAUAGAAGGUCUGAAACCAUGCACAACUUAUUACAUCAGGGUUAUUUUGAAGAAUUGUAACAUCUGUGACAACUAUUGUAUCCCUUAUACAAAAUUUACAACACAACACCCAUGUUGUUUGAAUGGUUUGUUACCUACUAGCAAAAUUAAAUAAAUAAAAAACUCCUUAUUUUUUAUUUUAUA